UCUUGUCUCCACGUUUAAAAAGAUGGAUUUAGAUCAACAAGAGGUUCUCAAUGCCAUUGAGAAUUCUGUCUACAGAACUGCCUUGAAGCUCUGUGCUGUGCAAAGUGUCUGUCAACUGGAUUUGACCGAUACCUCCUCGAUCCAGCACAUCUUGCCAAAGCACCGUUGUCAGGCUGAGAAGUUGAACCUCCUCCCAGUGGACCGGCUCUUCAAGCUGCUGAAGGAGCUUUUUCAAAGAGCCAGGUUAGAGAAACCAGGACAAGUAGAUCCGCGGGCCCCAGAGCUAACUUUGGGCCUCUUGACUGCAGCAUAUGACAGAAAUAGUGUGGGGUUUGUCCAGCCACAAUCCACUGCAGCUGCUCUGAUUGCUCUCUCAGGAGACAGCCUGCUGACCAAAUACAAAGCUUUCUUUCAGCUUUACGCAACCUGCACAGGCAAAGGUUCCAAACACAGCCUUUGUGUUACUCGAAAUGAUGUGAGGAGUCUGCUCACUGACUUACUCCAGCUCUUGACAGUUGUGGGAGAAAACAGGGACCCGUCUAACGUGGAAAUAGCAACACACAGUUGUUUCAAUGGGGUUCUGAGUUCAGCCAUUGGAGAGGAGAGAUUCUUGGCAUGGCUCCAGUCUGAACCUGCACUCCUCUGCUGGCUCCCGACCUGCUACAGAUUGUCAGCAACAAAAAUGGUCACCCACUGGGUCCAAUGCAACAUCUGCAAGAGGUUUCCUAUCACUGGACUAAGGUAUCGUUGUCUGAAGUGCCUGGACUUUGACCUUUGCCAAGUCUGUUUCUUAACAGGACAGUAUUGCAAACCCCACAAGAAAUCUCACCCUGUAAUAGAACAUUGUGUGCCAGUAUCAGCAAAGGAGAAUGCAAAGCUAUUUUUCCACGUCAUCCGAAACAAUCUGCAGCCAGGACGUUGCAAAAGGAAGGAAGCACUGAGAAGAAAGGCCUUGGUGGUGCUGAGAGGUGGUGGAGACGCAGCUGUCCACGGCCAAACACGUCCUAUCCAGUCUAUUUCUUUGGCUUCAGGACAGCCAGUGCCACCUGAUCUGUUCUGCUCAGCACAUACUGUAGGUCCGCAGCCGAGUAGUACUUUAGAUACCAAAGUGUCCCAAGCACCAGAGAUGGAAAACAACAGCAGAUCUUUGAGUCAAGAUAAAACACACCAGCAGGUCCUUGCUGCUCUGAAGGAUGAGUUGGCUAAAGCACAGCAAUCCGUCAAGACUCUUCACCAAGAGAGGAGGUACCUGAAGAAGCAGCUGAACAAAUGGAAGGACAAAGUGCAGGUUUUCCGUUCUGCUCAAGAAGAAAAAAACUGCACUCUGGAAACAAAACUCCAUGAGCUAAGAGCAAGCCAAGAGAACCUCAAGGUGGAACUUCAGCAAAUGAGAAUAGAAAUUAAGAAGCACUCCUUGGCAAGACCCAGGCAGAAGAGGAGGAACUGCAGCAGUUAAUGAUAAAGCUGAAGGAUGCACUGCUUUUCCAAGGACAGCCAGAUCACCCGUCUGUUCUCAAGGAGGAGCUGCUCUCCAAAGCCAAGCAUGUUUCCAAAGCAUUCUCUCAUCUCAUCGGCCAAGUCACGUUGCCCACUUGAAACUAUGAGGGCAGGGGGUCUGGGCCCUGCCUGCCUGUCUGGCGGAUUACCCAAGGGAAAGAAGGCCUCCACAGAACAUCCACUCCCAGGGGAGUUCACAGAGUACUUGAGAAACUGCUGAAACACUCAUUUUCCACAAGAGUGGGUUUUCAUACAGUGAUAGGGGUAAAUCCUUCCAUGCAAUAAUUUCCCUGGUUUUUUGUAUUCUGAUAUUUUGGGUUGGGCAGUAUUAAGUCAGCAUAGAUUUUUGUUCAUCUAAGUGUAUAUCUGUGAGAGUCAGUGUAGUGCAGUGAACAGAGUGAUGGACUAGGAUUCAGAUCCCUCCUCAGCCAUGAAAACUGACUGGGGUGGGGAUGGUACUGCUCACACCACUCUUUAAAUGUCUCUUGCACCUUGAAACUUAACUAGGUUUGCAGUAAGUUGCGUGUGACUUGAUAACGCAUAACAACAAUGAAGUCUACAUGCUGAUGAUGUGAUGCACCUAUCCAUGGGAAUCAAAGCAAAAGCAAAAAUAAAGU